AUGGCCAAGACGAGCCUGCUGCCCGCAGUCUUGCUGCUCGCCUUCUUGGGCGCCUCCUGGCCCUUCGUGGGCCCCCGCGCGGCACCGAGCACGGAGGGCCGCACCGCCAUGCGCGGACAGGCUGGUGCCUCCGCCACUCCCUGGACACCCGUCCUGAGCCGUGACGUGGUGGAGAUCGAGUUCACCGCCCCCGCGCAGGGUGCCCGCUGCCGCUUCAUGAUCAAGGCUGAUGCAGACGUCAACGACGUGCUGAAAGAGGGCCGCAAGAGGUUGGGCUUCGACCAGGCUUGGAUGCCAGACUCUGACUUCAAGAUCUACGACUCCGAAAAUGAGGACAAGGGCCCACUCAAGGGCAAGAUGAAGGACAACGGCCUUGUUGACUUUACCUACGAGGUCCACCUUUACUAUGAGCCCCAGUAA